UCGCUUCACUAGUUGCUCGGCGAGGGGGGCGCGUCUCGGGGACCAGUUCGCGACGUCCUUCUCCGGAUUCAGUCGUCGUGUGGACACCGACCGGCAAACUUUCAAAAGCGCACUGGUAAGCGCUGAUGGCUCCGACGUACGGCUACUGGGACCUUCGCGGGCUGGGCCAGCCCGUCCGCAACCUGCUCGUCUACAAGGGCGUGCAGUUUGAGGACAAGCGGUACAAGUUCGGCCCGGCGCCCGACUACGACCGUGAGCAGUGGCUCAAGGAGAAGUUCACGCUGGGGCUCCGGUUCCCCAACCUGCCCUACUACGUCGACGACGACGUCAAGAUGACGCAGAGCAUGGCCAUCAUUCGUUACCUGGCCAGAAAGCACGACCUCGCGGCGAGGAACGAGAAAGAGACCCAGGAGUUGGACAUGAUCGAGCAGCAGGCGCGCGACUUGGCCUGGAACCUGGUGAUGGCCGUGCACUCGCCAAACUACCCGGAGUCUCGUCGCAAGUACGAGGAGAACAUGGAGAACGCGCUGCGGCCUUGGGACGAGCUGCUGCAGGGCAAGCUGUGGGUGCUGGGAGACCGGCUCACCUACGUCGACUUCCUGGCAUACGAGGCGCUCGACUGGAACUACGAGCUGAACGCCAACGUGUUCCAGGGCUUCCCCAUUCUGGUCGCGUACAUGAAGCGCUUCGAGGAGCUGCCCAACCUCCGGCAGUACUUCUCGUCGGGAAAGUACCACAAGUACCCCAUACUGGGACCCAUGGUCAAGUGGGGAUUCAAGAAGCAAUAGUGGAGCUGCGCCGAUCGCUGCGCGCCCUCGGCACCCACCACUUGUAUACUUCAACGUGGCACGCCGAACGGGCUCAAAGCACAUCUUUCGAGAAGACCCACCAAAGUACUGACGUCCGUGGCAAAUGACAUUGAGGCAGUGAUACUACCACGCCACCGAACUUCAGUUAUCUUGCACGCACUCUGAAGGCAUGGAUUGAGGACGACACACACACCAUCACCAUUUCUCAAUCCAUGGAGUACAGCUUAUAAAGGCACAAAAUGUGAGAGUACUUCAUUGGUAAACACGAGGACUCGUAAAAAUAAAUUUGAUACUGAAACUUUA